CUUAAAUCCACCUGUUAGCCGGCAUAUAUUCUUGCGCCUUCGGUUUGGGAAGGUGAACUGAUCUCCAGAGCCGUGUUCCAGUGUUUUAUCUCAAAGUUCUGCGUUUUUUCAAAGUCGUCACCGCGCACAAUCUGCAUCUUUAAUGGACUAUCACUGCCGACGACACAAUACGGGACAAUGUUAAUGCAUCGUUUGCUCAACCGUCCACAAAUGCCUUGAUCUCGCAGUGACUUCGCAACAGUGCUGCAACUCGCGCAAAAUCGACACACCACGGGACUUUUCUUAUUCAUUCGUGAAUAUGGCAGAGCGACUGCACUGAACCGGAGCCGAGGUUUGCAACACAUUGUUGCAAAUAUUUUGAAGAAGAACACGAUGCUCUCCCUCUCGCGUGCCCCGUAACUGCUUCCAUUCAUUCAGUCCAGCUUGGCUCGAGCGCCGUCUUCUCUCCUGGAGAUUUUCCUUCCAGUUUCCUCUCAAUUAUGUUCACUUUCGCUGCCUUUUGCUACAUGCUUUCCCUUGUCCUCUGUGCUUCUCUCAUCUUCUUCGCGAUCUGGCAUAUAACAGCCUUUGAUGAGCUUCAGGCAGACUUCAAGGUGCCGAUCGAUCAGGGCAAUCCACUUCACGCGCGUGAAAGACUUCGAAAUAUUGAAAGGAUCUGCUGCCUGCUGAGAAAGUUGGUGCUUCCAGAGUACUCUAUCCAUGGACUCUUCUGUAUCAUGUUCCUGUGUGCUCAGGAGUGGCUUACUGUAGGCCUGAAUAUCCCUCUGCUCUUCUACAACACAUGGAGCAGGUACUUUCACAGCCCCACAGACACUAAGGAGCUUCUCUACGAUCCAGCAUCAGUCAUGAACGGAGACACACUCAAAUUCUGCCAAAAAGAAGCCUGGUGCAAGAUGUCCUUCUUUGUCCUCUCUUUCUUCUACUAUCUCUAUUGCCAAAUAUGCUUUUUAGUGUGUGCCUUUGCUAUAGUAUAAGCUACCUUAAGCCUAUAGCAUAGCAGAGAUAUAUACAUAAACAAGCAUUUGAACUGACAAGGACGCACUUGGAUGGCGCCAGCAACAUGCCUUUGGGUAGAAUUCCUGAAUUCUUUUUUUCCUCCACACUAUAUAGCGUCACAUUAAAUGUUAAUAUACACAUUUAAAACGCACAUAUUCUAUAAAGGUUCACCCUUCCAGCAAGCAAGCCUUAUGACCUUUUGUCAGAUCAAAGGCAAUUGUUGUGCACCAGCCAUGUUCUGCAUUAUUUAACGCUAUUUGCUUCUGGAAUUGAAAUUCUAGGACAAACACAGCCUUUUUGUUCAGGGUCUUUUGCACUCACCCACUCUUUGAGGAGUUAUGGUAGUGAGUGGUUAUGCACAACUUAAACUUCACCUAAUUGUGCCACACUUUGUGAAACAGUCACAGGUCUUAAAAAUAAUGGUCUCUGUAACUUUGACCUUUAACCCUCUUGUAAUUGACCCCUUUGCAGACCCACCCCCUUUGUUACUGUUGCUAUGUCUGGCAAUCCAUGGAGCUCUCAAGCCACACAUCAUAUUCUAAUGAAUUGAAAAAAAACAUUGCGGAGCAAAGACGACACUGACAACGUAACGAAAGUCAAGACAGGGCAGGUUACUUUAGUAACUAAAAACUAAAAAUGUUUUAUUCGGCUCACAAAGAGACAUAAAAAUAUAUUUUUCAUUGUCUUUCACUGUCUUAUUUCUAAAGUGUCCGCACUGCACCCGUUUAUGAGUACAGUUAUUUCAUAAAUAUAUUCACACAUUUUUUUAACAAGUUCAGUGAUUGUAUAAAUAAUAUAUAAAGAGUACAUUGACUGCAUAAUAGGCAAACCAGUGUGCAUUCUUAUUAAAACUAUGACUAUGUGUUUCAAUCUAUGAAAUAAAUCUUAUUAGGAGUGCAUAUCCACAGUUUUUUUGCAGAAAAAAACACAGAUUACAAAAUAGAAUAAGACAGUUUUUAAAGAAAUUUAAACAAUAAAUACUGUUUUGUUACUCAAAUACUGUUUUAUUGUAUUGCGACAGAUCAAUAGCACUUCAAACAGCACUUGAAUUGAUCAUUUUUAAAUUUUUACUAGUUAUAGCAUGAAAUGAACAUGGUAAACGUCAGAAGGUAUCUUGUUUCAUCCGCGGAAAGACAUCAGUUCACACCACUUUUCAUGUUCAAGUCCACCAAUGUUAAUCGAUUCUCCUGACUGGUUUGUUUGCCGGACAAAAUGGCAGAUUCGGUGUUACACUCUAAAAAAGCUGGGUUAUUGUUUUAACCCAACUGCUGGGUUCUGCCUGUUGAGUCACUAUGUUAAGUUAUUUUUUCCACUGUUGGGUAGUUUUUGUGUAACCCAGCUGUUGGGUUAGUGGCUGGGUUCAUCUCCAUAAAAGUAUACACCCCUCCCCGUCCCUCUGACGAAAUAAUCUAGCGCAGACGUUUUAACCCAGCUGUUGGGCUACAGUUGGAGCACUGGCUUUUCAUUCGGUCAGUCCUCAGCGCCGUCGAGUUACUGGACUUCUUCAGUGAAGAAAAGGUUCGUAUACGUUUUAUUCUAUCUCCUAAGUCUUUUAUUGUAUUGUAAAUAAUUUUAUUUCACGCAACGCAGCAUACAGAUGAUAUGUCAGUCAGUUAAAUGCGUCAGCAACUGUCGUUUUGUGUGACGGAAAUGCCUUGAAUUGCAUAUAAACUGACUUUAAUAUUUAUAAUACUGCUUCUAAUUUAUUCGGAUGAUAAAUAUUUUCUCACAACUUUGUGCUGUUUGUUUUUGAACAGGUUAUGAAGUAACAGCAUUGGCUUCCUUCAGCUAUGGAUGAAACGCAAGGCAGCAGUCUAACUUUCGCAGUUUCCACAGGAAAUAGCCCAUCACCGACUUAUAUUUCAGCGACACACUGGCACACUAAUCAGUGCUAUUUUGGUUAAAAAGAACAUCAGAGAACAAUUUAAUACACUUUCUAAAAUGCUUGUUAAUGGAGAUGAAUGCAUAAUUCGUACAUAAUUCAAUUUGUCUUAUAUUUUUCUACAUGGGUGUUUUCACUUAUUAAUAAAUCUUCACGUUUUGAUUAUUACUGUUGUCUUUAGUAAUUCUGUGUCUGCUUUUUAAUUUCCAUCCUAUUUUUGAUUCAUUGUAAGCCAGGAAAUGUAAUUUCCAAUCAGUGUUUGAGUUAAUUAAAACAACCCAACAUGUUGGGUUAAAUAUUUGACCAAACAUGCUGGGUAGUUGCUGGGUUUGUAUGUAUGAUUGGUCAGAGCGCCUGUCAAUCAAACUUCCCCCAAAGGGUCAGUUGCUUACUUGGCCCUAUUUUAAACUUAAAGGGAUAGUUCACCCAGAAAAAAAUAAAAAUAAAAAAAUUGAAAAUGAUUGUAACUGUGGCAAAUUACUACAAGAUUAUAAAUACGUAUAUAACAUCUUAUUUGAUGAAUGCUGCCCAUUUGUCUGCCUUAGUUUAACCCCUGUGGCUUGAUCUUCAAACUUUCUUUGUACUCUAACCUUUUGUAACAACCACAGUUUUGUGCUACCUCUCCCGAGUCAAUCUUACAAAUCAAUUGCAAAUCCAAUAUCAGCGCACCAGGCCAUCACCCAUCCAAUUACAAUAGCUGGGUUUGUCGUUCGUUUUUUUUAAACACCAUUCAAACCUAAUGACUCAAGAAAAGUAUUGUGCCACUCCGACAGAAGUGAAAGAGCGAGAUUUGGACAAACAUCACACUAGUUCUCGUGUGUUCAAGUUUCACAAAGAUUGCAAAGGCAUAAGGAACAUUGUAUGCCUCGGGCUCCACCAGGAUCAUAUCUCUGAUCAUAGCCGCAAUACGUUUUUCAUUGAUCUACCACUUUCAACAUGAACACUAAAAUUGUGUUUUUGGGACACAGAUAAGCAGCAGUCCUUAAUAAUACAUCUUUAGAUUUGGGAUAAGACUUUGGCUAUGUGCACUGAAUAUAAUCAUGACACUCAACAUUCGAAAAACAUUUCCUAAUGAAAUCAAAUAUAUAUGCUUCAUAUGCAGCAGUGAUAUCAUUUCAAAGAGCAUCACUAGAUCUGCUUUCUUUUUAAAAAGAUUAGAAAUAGGAUCCACGCUGCUACUUUUCCAACCCCCACGCGCUGAAAAUAAUAAGACACAGCGAGCCAAGAACUGCUUAUGCAGUUUUUAUCAGGGCAACCCCUUAUUAUGUAUUAAUGCUUCUGGACAGCAUUCUGGCAUGACAUCAAUGGCCUCUAGUGUGAAGUCAGCACAGAAAUUCAACAUACAUCAACAUAUGGCAGUGCAUUCUAAAUAAAUACAAUCCAUAUCAUACACGACCUGCCUGGAGUGAUCCUCAAGCUGGCGAAGCUGUCAUUUUCCAUAGCAUCAAGUGCUUUGAAGCCUCUUGUCUUAUGUUUCCAUGCCUCCACCAGCUGAGGAUGAACGCUGCAGUUUCAGCUGGAUAAUUUGGGGACAAAAUGCAUCUUUGUGUUUGUUGUUAGCUAGGGAGAAAUGAACUAAUUAAAGCCGUUCCCUGACAGAAUGAUUGAACCCACGGGCACAAGCUCAUUUCAUCAGAAUCGAAAAGUAACGUGCACGAAGGGAGAAGUCCCCGUUUCAGUGCACAGGAUGGGAGUGAUGUAAUUUCUGAAAUUAAUUAAAGUUAAUUAAUCUGUCUAUUUAUCAAUCACAUUUUUUUCAGAAUAUAUAGACAUCUAGUUGGUUGUUGUUGUUUUUUAAUUAUAAUGUAAAAUGGAUUGUUAUUUACAAAUCUAUUUCUAGUAUGAGAUGCUUUAACUACAAUAUUUGUCUUUAGGAUAAACUAGGAUAAGUUUGAUUGAUUUAAUUAGUUUAAUUGAUUUAAUCACAGCUCACUGCAAUCAUGAGUGCAAGUUUGACGUUAUAAACUACUUCUGGUGUUUCUGGGCAUUUUAAAUAGCUCAUUUGCCACCUUCAAGUAAACAGAUCAAAAUAACUUUGAAUAUGGCCCACAACCAAGAUCUUGUGUAAGUUGUUAGCAAAUCGGAACAACAUUUAUUCGAUUUUACCCAAUAGUUUUAAAAAAGUAUAACUUUUUUUGCACACAAUGUCAGUAACACUUGUUUGUUCUGU